UUCUUAAUUUUCACAUUAUUUCUUGUUUUGAUUCCUCGUUGCACAAAAUUCCUUAAAACCCUUUUGGUUGAUCCGGCCGUCCUUGUAUCGAAUUUUCAGAAGUCUGCGUCCCAAGUCAACUUCUUCUCAAAGGAACGCAUUCUUCCUACGGUUGUUUUAUCUGUGAAACUUGUUCUGUGGAGGUGGAAACUUUACUGCAGUAAAAAAAAUUCAAGGACAGAGAGACAUCAUGGGUGCUGUCUGUUGUUGUUUCACACUCUCGGAUGAUGUUACCUCAGAUUCUCCGAAUGAUUCCUUGUGCUUAAAUUUUCGGUUACAAGAUUUACUACAUCAGUAUGAAGCUUUAUUUGGUGGAGGGGAACCCCGAGUCCGCAAUAACAGUACUAAUUAUCAGGAUGUGGCCUUGGCAGAUCCGGAUGAUACAAUUUCACAAAACAAUUCCAGAUUAAGAGGUCCACAGGCAUACCAAGAAAUUGAAAUCAGGAAAUUAGAGAGAGGCUCAAGCCAUUCACAGACAGGAAAUAUUUCUAAUGCUGAUUUUGAACUACUUGGGAAGCUUACGAGUAAAAGCAAACAGGUUGUUUUGGAUUGUGAAAAGGACUAUUGCGCCCCUAAGGCUUGCUUCUCUUUUUUGGAAGUUGAGCCAGGAUACCCAAUUCCAUCCUCAGAAGAUGAGGAUGUCUGCCCUACUUGCCUUGAAGAUUAUACUAUUGACAACCCCAAAAUAAUCACCAAGUGCUCUCACCAUUACCACCUUAGCUGCAUCUUUGAGUGGCAGGAAAGGAGUGAAACAUGUCCUGUUUGUGGUGUGGUGUUAGAAUUUGAGGAGAUUUCCUGUUGAAUGCUUGUCCACAUGCUGAAGAACGGUGUGAAUAUGCUUGGAACCUGAUAUUUAAGAGAUUUCCUGUGAAUUUGACGGAAGCCCUUCUCAGGUGGGAGAAAUAUGUACAUGAUUUAAACAAACCGGUGUGUUUAUAACUGAUGGUUUUUCCUUUUUGAAUUGACAAAUAUAAACAACGAAAAUGAUUAGUUUCGCUUAACUUUAACUUCACUAAUGACCUUAAAAAGUAUACAAAGUUGACGUGAAAAGUUUAGACAGGAAUUAUGGAUUGAAAUUAAAAUUAAAUAUGUGUGUGUGUGUGUGUGUGUGUAUCCUAAGAAGAUGUAAUGAUUUAAUUAUCAAGACCAAGAGGCUAU